GAUACACAGGGUCACGGUGUGAGCGGCUUGACGGGCCGUGCACGAGAGACAUGUGUGAGAAUAACGGUUCCUGCGUGUCUUCUGAGCUCAUGUCCGGCGUCGUCUGUGAGUGUGUGCCAGGGUUUUCGGGCUCACACUGUGAACUUGAAGACCCCGCAACUUCCACAAGUGUUCCGCGUCAGGGCAGUGUGCCGAGGUGGUUCAUCAGUGACCUUGACCCCACCACUUUGAUCAUCCUCCUUGCCGUCCUGCUCGGCCUGGGUCUGUUCCUGCUCGUCGCCGUCUCCAUCGCCCGGAGGUACAGACGACGCAAACCCUCUGACUUCUGCUUCUCCCUUCCUAGAGAUCUCCGCGGCGACAUGAGCAGACGAGACAGUGAGACAAGUUCCGGUCACUUCUACCACGGCAGCACGCUCGGCUCAGACAGCUAUUUCCACGUGCCAUCGCCGUAAAAAACAGAUUGUUAAACAAUGUCAAUAUUCAAUGAAGACCAUUGAAAUCUGAGAAUAAAUAUUGGCUGUGGUAGGUCUUUACCGAGCAAGAAAUCCGACGUUGAAGGUUACUUUCGUGUAAAGAAAUCCGAGGUGGUAGGUCAUUGUUCCGAAAAGAUAUAUGAUUUUGUAAGUCUCAACGUGAGAAAUUUCAGCUCUAUACACGUGUUAAACUUUAGGUGAUGUUUACAUGGGAAAUGUCAAUUGUAGAUCAAGGUCAU